UCUUUUUUCUUUUUCUUUUUUUUUUUUUUAAAUCUCGCAAAAUUUUUGCCAACCGAAAACCUGUGUAGCGAGAAAAGCAGGAGCAAAGCUCUCUAUGUUUCCCAAGUCGUGACCAUGAAGUGAGAGGGGAGAGGCCGUGCGACUGCGGGUGUCCCGCUGCCCCGGGCACCGCCCGCCCGCCCGCUGCAGCCUCUGCCGGCUCGGGCAGAGAGAGGCCUAAGGAAAAGCGAAAAGCAUUGGCCAUGCACAGCCUCGGCUAACCGGGCUGUCUGUGCAGCGCAGCAGCGGCAGAAAGAGAAAGAUCCCCGGGGGAUCAGCAGCCCAGGGAACGUCUGAGGUGUUGGGGGAUGUAGGGAUCUCCCAGUCCUAAGGAGCAGCCCGGGUUUGGGGCAUUGGUUUGAGUUUUAGUCAAUAGGCGAGAUAAUACUGUCCCUUGAACCCCCCCUGCCCGCACCUCGUCUAUGGCCAUCAUGAUCCCUCUUCUCUUUGGCAGCAGCAGCCUCAGGGCAAUGAUGUGCCUGAUGAUGAGCAGGAUGAAGUUAGAAAUGACACUGCUGUUUUUUCUCUUUGCUCCCUUGCAAACCAGCACUGUGUUGUCUGUAGUCGAUUUUGUUGUUGGCAGAGAAAUCUAUCUCCCGGGAUGUGCAGUCCUUCUUAGCACCGUUUUCUCUGCUCUCCACCAAGUGUAAUUGUUCUAAAGAAAAAAAAAACAGACGGGCAACAUAGCAAUAGUGGAAAGCUGAGAUUAAUAAGCAGUAGAGUCAUGAAUCUGGCUGGGGUAAAGCGCAAUUUGUAAUUUCAGCUGCUUUUUUUUUUUUUUAAGCAGAGCAAAAAUACCCCCCCCAUGGAUUGGGCUUGUGCCAGUUGCUUUUUAUUGUACACAUAAAUUGUGAUAAGAUUUGUUUGUUGUUUUUUUCAUUCUUACCCACUUAUUCCUGCAGCUAAACUAUUCAAAUUUUUUCUCCAAAAUUCUUAGAUUUUUGUUUUGGUUUUUUAAUUGUUUUUGCUUUUCCUUCCCCCUCCCCCCCCCCCCUUUUUUUUUUUUUUUUUUUUUUUUUUUUAAAUCUCAUGUUCAGCCAUGGCUGGACGACUUCUUACUUUGUUUCUUGACCCCUCCGAUGCUACAUUCUCGUAAAAAUAUUGCCCGCGGUGUGGUUUUGGGUUACAUUCGCGUUUUAUUUGUUUAGUCGUAUUAGCAGGAAUAAAGCGACUUGUUUCUGUUGUACUUGAGUCUUAUGAAAAGGUGCCCAUAGAUUAGCAGCAGUUUCCAAAGGCUUUAGUACCACCCGUAUUACAAAAUGGGGGACCCAAACUCCCGGAAGAAACAAGCUCUGAACAGACUUCGUGCUCAGCUUAGAAAGAAAAAAGAAUCUUUAGCUGACCAGUUUGACUUCAAAAUGUACAUUGCCUUUGUGUUCAAAGACAAGAAGAAAAAGUCAGCACUUUUUGAAGUGUCUGAAGUGAUACCAGUCAUGACCAAUAAUUAUGAAGAAAAUAUCCUGAAAGGUGUACGGGAUUCCAGCUAUUCUUUGGAAAGUUCCUUAGAGCUUCUGCAGAAGGAUGUUGUACAGCUUCAUGCACCCCGCUACCAGUCUAUGCGCAGGGAUGUGAUCGGCUGUACCCAGGAGAUGGACUUCAUUCUUUGGCCUCGUAAUGAUAUUGAGAAGAUAGUCUGUCUCCUGUUCUCCCGGUGGAAGGGAUCUGAUGAACCCUUUAGGCCUGUUCAGGCCAAGUUUGAGUUUCAUCACGGUGACUAUGAAAAACAGUUUCUGCAUGUUCUGAGCCGGAAGGACAAGACUGGAAUUGUUGUCAACAACCCUAGCCAGUCAGUGUUUCUCUUCAUUGACAGACAGCACUUGCAGACUCCAAAAAACAAAGCUACAAUCUUCAAGUUAUGCAGCAUCUGCCUGUACCUGCCACAGGAGCAGCUCACUCACUGGACGAUUGGUACUAUAGAGGAUCACCUCCGUCCUUAUAUGCCAGAGUAAGGUACUGGCCAGCAAAAUGGGGAAGAUCACAGAAUGCAGCAGUGGAUUCUCACUUUCCUUACCAGUUUAUUCUUUCAGAAUUCAGAAGAAAAUGGACUCAUGUUCAGAACACUAUGCAUUGUGAAACUUGAUCAUCCUGGAUUUUUUUUAUCAUUUGUAUCUCAGAACUUUACAAUUUUUUUAGAUGUUUUCUGCAUGGACCUUAUGAAAGAGAGGAUGCUCUGCACGCUUCUGCAUUGCAUCAGCAUCUUACUGAAAUGUGAAAUGAAGGGACUGUACACUGAAACAAAUGUAUCCAAAAGCACAAGGUGAUCAUUUGUGGUGGUGUUCCCAUUUGUGCUGGUCAUGCCCCCUAACAUCUAUAAUGUUAGCCAUCAGAAUUUGAAGGGUGAGAAGUGAAUGUAACUGGUAUAAAAGCCUUUACAGCAUUGCUGUUAGUGAUUGUAUCAAAGAGCACUAUCAUUCAUUUUAAUGAGCAGAAAAGUGGCUAUUACAAAGAGUAAAUGUGGGAAAGAAAUCUUUCUUUAAAAAAAAAAAAAGCAUCUCAUUUAAUGUGUAGGCAUUUUUUGCCUCUUUUAUUUUGCUGGGCCAUGUCUAAGUUUACUGGCACUUUUGUUUUGGAUCUCUUUCCCCAAGCUGCUGCAUAACUGUAUUAAAGUAUUCUUUUGAGUUGGAUGCGUUUAUACAGAUGAGGCAGUCAUAUACCUGGAGUCUGAAGUAGCUAAAGCAGCUAAAAAUAAAAUAAUAGCUGCAGAAACAAUGUUGGUAGAGGAUUAUUUUUUCUUGAGAGUUGAGACUUGUAAACUUGCAGGUAAACUGUGCAGGAAAUACUGGUUUCUAAAACAUUUCUUAUGGAAAGCCCGUUGAGGUUUUUUCUUUUGUAAUAGACAUUAUAAACCAAUGUAAAAUAGUGUUUGGAGUGUCAAAAGUUGGUUCUGACAGAGCAUUUUAAGAUUGUGCAAUGACAAAAAGGAAGACUACUGUAUAGUUUUGACAAAGAAAGCUCUGCUUAAGGGUUGAGUAAUUUACUGGAGUAAAACUGCAUAAGCCUGCUCCCUUUGGAUAAAAUUAGUGCUUACCUGUUUAAGACUUGUAUUUAGCUUUUGUUUGGAAUUGGAAAAAAUUGAACUUAAAUAAAUUAGGUAAAAAAGU